AAGAAAGUGAAUAAAAAAACAGUGAUUUUGUGGAGAGACAAUGCGCACAACUUUUGGUCGUGGCCCAAAGUUCAUUCUGCUUAGCAGCAAGUUCAACCACGUCCAGCACAAGGAGGUGAUCACCUAAGUCACCUACCCGGUCACCCCAAUCCCAGUGAAAGACCCAGUGAAGUCCCAGACCCAGUGCAGAACCCAGUGAGCAGGCACCAUGUCGUCGGACACCAACUCCUGCACCAGCUUCUUCGCCCAGGAGCAUGCCAAUGCCACCUUGUCGCAGUAUUUCCAGCAACUCAACUCCCAGGUGGCGGCGGCUGUCACCAACAGCGGCAGCAGCAACAGCAGCAGCAACAACGGCAGCGGUGGCAACAACAACAAUACCAACAACAGCGGCAACAACAGCAGCAGUGGCAACAGCGACAGUGGCAACGACGGCAGCAUGACAGGAUCUUCAGCCAAUCUGGAUAAUCAUCGCAGCAGCGUGAGCAGCAAUGAUUCAGGGAAGAGCAGUGUCGGAGGUGGCAGUGGCGGUGCCACUGGCGUGUGGGCCUUGCAACAGCAGCAACAGGCGGCACUGCACCACCACCAGCAGCAGCAACAACAGCAGCAACAGCAACAGCAGCAGCAACACCAACAGCACUUGCAGCAACAGCAGCAGCACGCACAUCACCAGCAUGUAGCUGCCGUCUUGCAGCAGCAACAACAGCAGCAGCCGCAUGGACUGCAUCAGCAGCAUGGACAGCAGCAACUCCACGGCCAUACACAGCACCAGCAUCAUUCCCACCAGCAGCAGCAGCAACAGCAGCAACAACAACAACAGCAGCAGCAGCAACACCAUCAUCAGCAGCAGCAGCAACACGCUCAGCAGCAGCAGCAGCAACAUCACGCCGUCCAACUGGCCCACACACUCUCCUCCGCGGCCGUGGCCGCUGCCGCCGCCUCCUCCAACAACGGCAACAACAACAGCAACAACACCAACCCCCACUCGAUCUUCGGCAGCGGCAACUUCCACUACAAGACCAACAACUCGUGGACCCUGCCCACGCUGGCCUACCAAAGGAUCUACCAGGACAGCCCGCACUAUCAGCGCAACUCCUUCAUGGAUCCCCAGAGCAAUGCCGCAGUGGCAGCAGCUGCGGCUGUUGCAAGCGGGGCUCAGAAUUCCGGGGCGAAUCCCGGGGGCAAUAAUAAUCCCUCUGUGGGCGGGCAGAAUAGAAAUGGUCCAAAUCCCGGACAGAACAACAGUGGGAAUAACAACAACAACAAUAAUAAUAAUAACAACAAUGUAUCCUCCGUGCAACAUGUGGCAAAUGCCGUGGCAGCUGCCGUAAUCGCCAAUGAGCAUCAGAAUCACUUGAACAGCCUCAAGGCGCGAUUUCAGCCAUCCAGUUCAGGCAGGAAAUCUCCAUUUUUGGGUUUCAUUUGCAAAGCAAACGGCAAAUCCACAUCGAAUAGCAAAGAAAUCAUCUGCCCAGAUGACAAGUACAAGGAGGAGGGCGACAUCUGGAAUGUCGAGGCGCAAACGGCGUUCCUGGGCCCCAACCUGUGGGACAAGACCCUGCCCUACGACGCCGACCUCAAGGUAACACAAUAUGCCGACCUAGACGAGUUCCUGUCGGAAAACAAUAUACCUGAUGGCCUCCCCGGCACACACCUGGGUCACUCGGGCGGCCUGGGUCACCGGUCCGACUCCCUGGGACAUGCGGCGGGCCUCUCCCUCGGCCUGGGCCACAUAACCACAAAGCGGGAGCGGUCGCCCUCGCCGUCCGACUGCAUUAGUCCGGACACGCUAAAUCCUCCAUCGCCGGCCGAGUCAACAUUUUCGUUCGCCUCCUCGGGCCGUGACUUUGAUCCGCGGACCCGAGCCUUCUCCGACGAGGAGCUCAAGCCGCAGCCGAUGAUCAAAAAGUCACGCAAGCAAUUUGUUCCAGAUGAGCUCAAGGACGACAAGUACUGGGCCCGCCGCCGGAAGAACAACAUUGCCGCCAAGCGAUCCCGCGAUGCCCGGCGCCAGAAGGAGAACCAGAUUGCGAUGCGGGCACGCUAUUUGGAGAAGGAAAAUGCAACAUUACAUCAGGAGGUGGAGCAGUUGAAACAGGAGAACAUGGACUUGCGUGCACGUCUAUCGAAAUUCCAAGAUGUGUAAUGAUAAAUACAAUUUUGUGACUUGGCCUGAGGACACCACAACAAUUAAAUAAUAAUAACUAUUGAUAAAAUUACAAUAAUCGUAAUUAUGCUAAAACUACUAAUAAUGUUUAGUAAUGCAGACAUGAAAACCUACACUAUCUGAAUAUAUAUGCAAAGUAUAAUAGUAAGCAAACACACACCCGCACACCCUCACAGACACCCCGAAGGCGGUGUCGAGCUCCGGUUAAAUAUUUAUUUAAUGCUAAAAAAGUAAAAUAACUAAAAACACUGGAAGAAAAAAACAUGGAAACUAAAAAAAAAGAAGACGAAACAUUUUUAAAGAGUAGCCAAAAAAAAGAAAGUCUCACUGGCAGAGUCCCCGAAGCUCUGCAGCCGAAGCUUUUUGCCUUUACCGUAGCAUUCUUCCGAGCGCAAUCAGAGAAUCCUAACAAAGAAAAGAACACACGAACACCUGUAGAGCCCGAAGCCUAGAAUUGUUAUCUUUUAAAUUGUUUGAUAGUUGUUUAGUCUAGUUUUACGCAGUCUUUCUUCUGAUCAGAUCACUCUUUCUCCUGCAACUUUCUACAUCAUUUUCGCCCUUAGUUCUUCCUAUUCUUACACUUCUACUACUUUUUACUUCUUACGACUACUACUAUUUUAACAUUUAUUAAUUUUUUUGUAAUUAGUUUUCGGUUAAGUUUUGCUUUAGCGAUUAGAGAAAGGAACCACACACACACAACCAAUUCAUAUUGUAAAUAAUUUCGUUGCCUUUUUUUCAAAUUAACUCGAGAGGAGAUAUAAAAUAAAAAGCAUAAAAAAAUCUUGUAUAAAAAAUUGCAAAAUGAAAACCCACAAAAAAAAAAACAACAAAAACAUGAAAAAGAAACGCUAAGGAAAACCAUUUAGAAAUGAGCAAAGAACUUCCCUCCUCAGUUGCCGGGCACUUGGCAGCUGGUUAGUUUAAGUGAGCUAUGAUUUUUAUAAAAACCUAAACACAAAAAAAAAGAUAUCAGAAAACCCUAAAAAAAAAUUAUGAGAAACUGACGGACAGACAAGACAGAGACACAGAUAAAUGCUAAACUAGAAGUGAAAUAGUUUUCGUUGUUGAUUUGUUGAUACUAAAAUAACCGACCCAGAACUAACCCCAGACAUAGUCAGUCAUGGUUCGAGCAAGUGCAAGAAAGCCAGAAAAGGAUGGUCCUUUUCUUACUAUUACUAACCCCCCCUUCAGCUGCUCCCCCUCAACCACCACUUUUCUUAAAAAUUUCCCCUAUUUAGUUUGUAAAAAAUAUUAUUUGUUUAAUUUUUAUAUAACGAGAAAAAAACUAUUUCUUUUGGUGUGAUUUGCAAGAUCUUAAAGAAACGAUAAAUAAAAAGUUUUUACAUAAUAUUAAAUAAGUAUGUUACUUUAAAGUUUAAACUUUUAAACCUAUUUGGCACUAGUUAAGUUUAAUAAUUAUUAUUAUUAUUAUUAUUUGUUAUACAUUUGAGUUACACUUACCUGCAUACAAUUAUCUAGACACUAAGACAAAAAAUAUAUGAAAGAGAAAAAGCAAAAAAAAUAUCACAGACCGAGAGCAAAAUUUAUAUUUUAUAUUCAGAAACGAGAAUGGAAGCUAAUACUAAAAAAUGGAAAAGUUAAUUAAGUUCAUUAAGCACUUCUUCUUAACAAAUUUCAAUAAGUUUUAUUUAUUCUAUGGAAAAAUGUGCAAAACCAACAAAAACAGAAACACAAAGCAAAGAUUGAUGAUUGAUGAUUGAGGCGAAUGAGAAUGAGUAACAAAAAAUGAGAAAGCAAACAACAUAAAUUUGUGUGUAAUAAUAAAAUCUAAGCGUUGCUUUUAAAUAUCGAAA